GUAACUUCCACCCAGGUUGUUGUGAGGAUCAAAUGAGAUAAUGUCUGGAAAGCACUUGUAACUAUCAAGAGAGGUUAAAGAUUAAAAACUCAGAGAAGAUUCAAGGUGGAAAAGAAUCCUGGACAGAAAGACCAUUCUACUCAACAACAUGAAACUAGUUCAUUGUCUUCUCUUACUUUUGUGUGUUGGCUUAUGUUUUUGUAAGGUGUUUCAAAAGCCUGGAAGCAGAUUCUUAAGUUUAUCACUAGUUCAAGAGGAUCUUCUGGACAAAAAAUGCUUAAAAGAAAAAUACACACGUCAGUCUUGUGAAAAAGUCUUCUGCCACCCAUGGGAAAAAUGUAUUGAAGGAAAGUGUCAUUGCAAACUUCCUUACCAAUGUCCAAAGGCUGUUAGGCCUGUGUGUUCGAAUACUGGAAAAACCUAUAAUAAUUACUGUCAACUAAAGAGUCAUGAAUGCCUUUAUCCGAAAACAAAGUUUUUCCUUAAUGGAACUUGCCAUAGUCAAGGCCGAUUUGAUCUCUCUUUGAAAUACGGAGAAACAGAGUCAGAGGGACUUGUUGAAGUAAAACUUGGGGACACCACAACAUUCAUAUGUAAAAAAAAUUGGAGCAUAACUGAAGCAAAUGUGGCCUGUCUAUAUCGUGGAUUUAAAGAAGGAGCUGUCGAUUAUAGGAAAACAUUUAAUGUCCCUGAUGAUGAUGAUGUCGAGAUCACUGACUGUUUGCAAGCAAGUUGUAAAGGAUUGGAGACCACUUUGGCAGAAUGUGUUUUAACAAAGAGGAAGGCUAAUAGCAAGGAUUUGGCUGGUGUGGUGUGUCAUACACAGGAAGCAGACCUCCUCGAUGAAAAUUCAUUUCAGUGUGUCAAUGGGAAGUACAUUCCACUGGAGAAAACUUGUGAUGGCAGCAAUGAUUGUGGAGACCAGAGUGAUGAGCUGUGUUGUAAAGGGUGCAGAAGUGGAGGUUUCUUUUGUAAAUCAGGUAUUUGCAUUCCAAAAAAAUAUCAGUGUAAUGGUGAACUGGACUGCCUUACAGGAGAUGAUGAAGUAAAUUGUGAAGGCUUGGAACACUCUGAAGUUCAAGUCUUGACACAUUCUGAAGUUCAAGGCCCUGGAAGAUCUGAAGAUGAGGUCCAAGAACAAGCUGAAAUAUUGACCGCUAAUAUGGAUGAAGACAGAAAAUUAUUCAAGUCUCUUUUACCCAAAAUAAGCUGUGGUGUUAGAAACAACACGCACACUCACGUUCGAAGGAAACGAAUUGUAGGAGGACAGAUUGCAACUGAGGGGGAAUUCCCAUGGCAGGUGACAAUUAAAGAAGGUACUAAAAUCCACUGUGGAGGAAUUUAUAUUGGUGGCUGUUGGGUACUGACCGCUGCACAUUGUGUCAGAAAAAGUGCAGCACAUCGGUACCAAAUAUGGACAGGAUUACUAGACUGGAUAAAAGUUAACGAGGGAGUUGGAGUCCAGAGGGUAAAUCGAGUGAUAAUCCAUGAAAACUACAAUGGCAGCACCUACCAAAACGACAUUGCUUUGAUAGAAAUGCAAAAAUACCAAACCAAGGCCACGUGUGAGCUGGUGAAUACUCUCCCUGCCUGUGUCCCCUGGUCCAGUUAUCUCUUCAGCCCUGGUGAUAAGUGCUUUGUUUCUGGCUUUGGACGAAAUGAAGAGAAAAAAAAUAUUUUUAAGCUCAAAUGGGGUGAAGUCCAGCUGAUAGACGACUGUUCUAAAUAUUACUCAAAUCGCUUUUUUGAAAAGCAAAUGAUAUGUGCAGGGACAGAUGAUGGCUCUAUAGAUGCCUGUAAAGGAGAUUCUGGAGGGCCCUUGGUCUGUAUGGAUUUCAACAACGUGUCUUAUGUUUGGGGCAUUGUGAGCUGGGGUGACAGUUGUGGAAAACCCGAGUUCCCUGGUGUUUACACCAAAGUGUCCCACUAUUUUGAGUGGAUUAGUUAUCAUGUGGGAAGGUCUUUUAUUUCUCAAUACAAUGUAUGAUGAGGUGG